AUGGCCGACAACCAGCUCGACACCAAAAUUGACUCGAAGCGGAGCGUGGCCACCUUCGCCGCCGGCUGCUUCUGGGGCGUGCAGCUCGCCUUCGACCGCGUGCCGGGCGUGCUGGAGACCGCCGUGGGCUACACGCAGGGCGCCGUGGACUCGCCCACGUACCGCCAGGUGUGCUCGGGCCGCACCAACCACGCGGAGGCCAUCAAGAUCGUGUUCGAUGAGAGCCAAGUGAGCUACGACGCCCUGCUCCAGACGUUCUGGGCCAUCCACGACCCCACGACGCUCAACCGCCAGAAGAACGACAAGGGCACGCAGUACCGCUCGGGCAUCUACUACCACAGCGAGGAGCAGCGCAAGGCCGCGCUGGCCUCCAAGGGGGAGCACCAGAAGACGCUGACCAAGCCCAUUGUCACGGAGAUCAUGGAGGCCAAGCGCUUCUGGGACGCCGAGGACUACCACCAGAAGUACCUCGAGAAGGGAGGGCAGUGCGCCGACAAGGGGUGCGACAUCCCCAUCCGCUGCUAUGGUUGA